CCGGUCCGAAGUUCUGCUGGAGUCUUAUAGACUUUCGAAGCAUGGAAACAACAAGAGGAAAAAAAGGUCCAGUGUAGAUUUGUGUCAUCCCGUGGAAAGUCAAACCUCGCAACUGGGGCAAAGAAGAAAUACCUCUACUGCCACCGUGCUGGAGAAUACCAAGGAAGAGGAACUAAAAAAAGGCAGCUGAAGAGCCAGGGAAGCUGCAGGUCUGGUGCAUGGUGCCUUGCAAGUCUGGAGUUUACUACAGAAAGAGAUGGAGGUGUAUCUGUCACGUACCAGAAGCAACACAGUGGCCACAAACUGAAUGACGUCAGACACAUGCCACUCGGUGACAGUGAAAAGCAAAUGAUUGCAAGCCAGUUAGAGAUUGGCGUUCCUGUUGAGAGGAUCAUGACAAAUCUACAGUCUGAAUUUUCUGGAGAAAUCAUUUCACCACUGGACCUGACCACAAGGCAAGACGUUCGUAACAUUGCAGCUGAGUACAGCUUGGCAAACAAAGAACGGCUGCACCAAAAUGAUGCCAUUAGCGUCCACAUGUGGAUAAAAGAACAGCUAGAGAAACCAGAACCAAUUGUUAUACACCCGGACUUGGACAUCUUUCAGCAACAGAACGCCCUGCCGACAACUGGAGAGGAGAACUUCCUCCUGGCGAUCAUGACGAGACAGCAGCGUGAAUUUCUUCGAAAACUGGGCAACAAAGCCAUCUGCAUAGACUCCACUCACGGAACAACUGGUUACGGAUUCAUGUUGACAUCUGUCCUAACAAUAGCAGAAGAUGGAUCUGGGCUUCCAUGCGCAUUUCUGAUAUCAAAAAAGACUGACCGGGCCACAUUACGGGCAUUCUUCGAAGCUGUUAAAAAGCACACCGGCACAAUUGAAACAGAAGCAUUCAUGACAGAUGAUGCCCCAGCAUUUUAUAACGCAUGGUCUGACGUUAUGGGGAGACCAGAAAAGCGCCUUCUCUGCAUCUUCCAUGUGCGCAACAACUGGAAUCAAAACCUGAUGACAAAAAUCAAGGACACACAACUGCGAAAGAACGUUCAUGACUUUCUUCACACUCUAAUGAGGGUAUCUGAAGAAGAUGAAUUUAAAUCCCUCUUGCAAGACUUCUUGAGGCAUAUUGAUGCUAAUUCAAGCCUCGUCGAAUUUUCAAAGUAUUUCAAGACACACUAUGCUGAGAUGCCAAAUACCUGGGCAAUGUGCUACAGACUUCACACAGGCCUGACAACAAAUAACUAUCUGGAAGGAAUGCACAGCCAACUGAAAAAUCAUUAUUUUGGUGAUAAGCACAACCAAAGGCUAGAUAAACUCCUCUCCUUUCUCCUUGAUAUGACAAAAAAGAUCCUUCGUGACAGAAUGAUUGGCAUCCACAAAGGCAAGAACACCAAGAGGCACACAGUUAUAUUUCAGAGCCACCAAAGAAGUCUUAGCAUACAAUCAGAAGACAUUAAGGAAGAAAGUGACAGCUGGAAGGUGACCUCACAUGACAAAACACAAGUUUACACUGUGUGCAGAAGAGAGCCAUGUUACGGCUGCAUGCUUGUCUGCAAGGACUGCAGCACAUGUGCUCAUGAUUUUUCAUGCACGUGCCCUGACUACACACUUCGUGCACAUAUGUGCAAGCAUAUACAUGCUAUUGCAUAUCGUGAAAAAGCCAAGACCUUGCAGAGCAAUAACGCGCAAGCUUCACUAUCCACUCCAUCAACAUCAACUUUUUCCCCAGCAGUUGAUGACCCCCUUGAACUUUUGCGAGGAGCUUGUGAACUGAAUUUGAUGAACCACCAAUCAAAGGCAACCAGUGAAGCUGCAAAGGACACUAAAAGGUUAUUCUAUACAGUGGUAAAAGAAUUCAGCAAGAAGUCAUUGGAAUGCUCUGAGCCAACAAAGGUCGAGAGGUUUCAAGCAGCAUUAAGAGUUCUUCAUGAGAGCAUCAUGGAGCUCACUGAUACUCCUAUGCAGGAUUCUUAUCGGACUUUACCAAAUAAGAAGCUAGAAAAGCAACCUGACUUUGGAUCCAAGGGGAGCACGUCAUCAAAAGGCAACAAAUUGAGGAAUUAUCCAACAAAUGCGCAGGAAAAACUGCUGAAGGCUAUACUUCGUGGGCACCCUGAAGAGGAGCAUCUACUGAUUCAUGCAGGGGAUGACCAUCAUCUGUGAUCAGCAUCAUCCGUACAGUGUAGAAAAUCAUCACAUGAAGUCACAGAUACAGUGGAAUCUUUUUAAAUGAAACUUGAAGGGACCAGAAAGAUGUAUUCCAUUUAUCAGGCGUUCCAUUUAGACAGGAAGUGUAUCGUACAGCAUCCAGUACUGUCUUGCAUUGUUCCUGGACAUGCACUGGCCAUAAACAGCCUCUGGCAUGCAGCUUAGCAAACUUUAAUUACAAAAGAGGAAAACAUUGACAAAAACACGAAGCUGCUCUUCUUUCUUUGUUACAUUUAUCUCUCAAAAUUUGUGUGCAGUGGCAACACUCAGAAAUAGCUUGAGAGCACUUCAAAAACUGUCAAAUUAGCUCCAUUUAUCCAAAGCUGCCAGAAGUCUGGUUCCAAGCAAUUUCCAUUUAAGGAAAUUCCACUACCUAUUUUUUCAAUUCAACGGCGUCUUUAGCUUUUCUCUGCAAGUAUAGAUGCCAAAGUUAAUUUGUUUGUUAUUGCUGCCAAACAAUGUUGUGCAGUCCUCAUGCUAUCUGCUUUUCUUGUUUCAGUAAUUGAACCUCUGUAUGCAAUAAGGGGAUAAGUCAAAUUAUCCCCUUUUUAGUGUUUUUGUUGCAAUGACAUCUACAUACCAGUAUGUACCUGCUAAAUAAAAUUUAGGACCAUACUGCAAUUUAUUGACUUGCUACAGGAGCGUAAGAAAUGGGAAAUGCAUGUGUGUCAGUGGGAUGGACAGCCAGAUCAGGCCCCUUUUCUACACAUGGUUACAAAUGGUGUAGCUUAAAUUUUGCUACGACGCGGAAAUAAACUUCAACUUCGACUCAAAAAACAUGUUCUUCCUACCUCACGUGACUGUGUCAGCAGUGCUACUGAGCGUUGUAAUAGGAAAAACAUGUGCACUGUGCUAAUCAGUCCUAUUUUGCUGGCCACGCAGAACGUUAUUUUCAAGAUUGUGCUCGUUUAGCAACACGAUAAUCAUGACCUAGGCUGCUCCACUGCACAAAGGUAACUGCGGCCAUCCUGCCGUCACCAUGAAAGUCCGACCCGUGGAAACUGUUUUUUCCUGCACGAAAUACAUGUGUGUGCGUUGUUAUAUAGAAAAAGGGGAUAUGUCAUGCUCCUGAAUUUUGUUCAAUUUCUGCUAAAUCACACACACAGAAAUUAUGUGAAUGGGACACGCAGGUAGAGUAGACACAUGCAUAUGUGUUACACAUUUUGUAUUUUAGUUAUUCAUGGAAACUUAUCUGCGACUACUUAACCAAAUAUUCACUUGCAGUUUUCUUGGUUUGGGAUUUUUCGACUUAUCCCCUUAUUGCAUACAGAGGCUCAAUUGAUGCUUUAUUUGAUUUUGUGGCUCGUAUUAUUGAUGUGAUGCUGCAUUUAUUAUUCAUUAGCACAGUGCUACAUAAAUAAACACACAUGCUGACAAUGUUAAGAGAAAAGACAGUCGGUACCAUCUGACAUUUUACAAUAAACAGCACAACAUUUCAAGGAGCUACUAGUUAUUCAUACUGAAGAACCCUCCCCCUCCACCACACACACUCCCCAGAGACGAGGGACACUAAAAAGGAGACAAACACAACAAACUUCGUUUUCUUUGUUCCCCCCUUUCUCGAGUUCGUCUCAGGGGUUUCUUCAGCACGGAUAUAUAUCACCAGCUUGCUUCCUGACUAUUCUUUCUACUAGCUAUCAUCUGUUUCCU